CCUCCCAAGGGUAUUCAUUUGAAGCAUAUAUAUGUUCCCAAGUAUCCAUUCAAUCCAAAAACCAAAGCAAGCUUCACUAAAGGCCUUCCCCAAUGGAUCUUUAUCGCCUUGCUUCACUGGGUAAUUGCAACUUCACUCCACAGCUGGUGAUCCCAUCUAAAAGUCCCAUCUCUUUCGCGACAUCCAGAAAGGGCACUGUUCCUCGCACUUUUCUGUGCAUGGCCACCAGUGAAAUCUCAAGUCCUCCCAAUAUUGUUCGGCGAUCAGCAAAUUACCAACCUUCCAUUUGGCACUAUGAUUACAUCCAGUCACUAACAAGUGCAUAUGUGGGGAAUUCAUUCGCCGGACGAAUUGAUAAGCUGAAGGGAGAAGUGAGGAUGAUGUUUCACAAAGUCGUAGAUCCUUUAGAGCGACUCGAACUGAUUGAUAUCUUGCAGAGACUUGGUUUAUCUUAUCACUUUGAUGAUGAAAUACGGAGGACUUUGGAAGGUAUAUACAAUGCUAAUCAUGCUGGAGAAAUGGGCAACAAGGAGAAUAUAUACGCCACAGCUCUUGAAUUUAGAUUGCUAAGACAGCAUGGAUAUAGCGUGCCUCAAGAGAUUUUCAAUAGUUUCAAGAAUGAGAUAGGGAGCUUCAAGGAAUCGCUUCGUGACGAUACUAAGGGAAUGCUUUGCUUAUAUGAAGCCUCAUUCCUUUCAGUAGAAGGCGAAAGUAUUUUGGAGGAAGCAAGAGAUUUUGCUACAAAGCAACUCUCGGAGUACGUCAAGCAAAGCAAAGAUCAAAAUCUUAGUGUUAUAGUGAAACAUGCCCUGGAGCUUCCUUUGCAUUGGAGGAUGUUUAGGUUGGAAGCGAGGUGGUUCAUUGAUGUAUACAGAGGCAGAGAAGACAUGAACCCUGUCUUGCUUGAGCUCGCAGAAUUGGAUUUCAACGUGGUACAAGCAGCCCACCAAGAAGAUUUAAAGGAAGUGUCAAGGUGGUGGAGGAGCACUGGCCUUGGAGAAAAGUUGAGCUUUGCGAGGGAUAGGCUGAUGGAGAACUUCUACUGGACAGUGGGAUUUAUAUUUCAGACUCAGUUUGGAUAUUGCAGGAGAAUGUUAACAAAGAUCAAUGUACUGAUAACAACAAUAGAUGAUGUUUAUGAUGUAUAUGGCACUUUGGAUGAACUUGAGCUCUUUACGGAUGCUGUUGAGAGAUGGGAUACUGACGCAAUGGAUCGGCUCCCCUAUUAUAUGAAGAUAUCUUUUCUUACUCUCCACAAUUCAAUUAAUGAAAUGGCGUUUGACAUCCUCAAAGAACAAGAAGUCCACGUCAUUCGGUACCUUAGAAAAGUGUGGGCAGAUUUAUGUAGAUCUUAUUUGGUUGAGGCAAAGUGGUACCACACCGGAUAUACACCAAGCCUUCAAGAAUAUAUUCAGAACGCAUGUAUUUCAUCAUCAGGACCAGUUAUACUACUGCAUGCUUAUUUUUUUGUCUCAAAUCCAGUAACAAAGGAAGCUUUGGAAUGCUUGGAAGAGUACCCCGACAUAAUCCGUUGGUCAUCAACUAUUUUACGACUUGCAGAUGAUCUUGAAACAUCUAAGUUUGAGUUAGCGAGAGGUGAUGUUCCAAAAUCAGUCCAGUGUUACAUGAAUGAAAGUGGUGCAAGUGAAGAAGAUGCACGUGAGCACAUAAGGUCUUUGAUAAGUGCCGCGUGGAAGAAGAUGAAUGAAGAAGGAGCUGCGAGUUCAUCAUCACCCUUCUCUCAAACAUUUAUUGAAAUCGCAAUGAACCUUGCGAGGAUGGCUCAAUGCAUAUACCUGCACGGGGAUGGGCAUGGUGUUGAACAGGACAGUGAAACUAAGGACAACGUAUUAUCAUUAUUUGUUCAUCCCAUUCCUCUACACAGAGAUCAACAUGAUUAAUAGAGAUGAACAUGAAGACCACUAUACACAGACUCAACGUUAGUGAAAGUCUAGUGUUUAAGGUCAUCUUAUUUCUCUAAUUAAUGUUUUAUCACUGUCUUUCAGGAGGGUUAGAAGUCUAAUUAAGGGGUAAUAAGGUAUUUUAGGAUUGAAGAUACCGUCAGGUUUGUUUAUGAGAAGUUGAAUCCUAUCUUUAUUUAUCUUGUACGUAUUUUAUUUAAAGAUGUUGAGUCUGAAUAAAAGGAGAUCAGUCGAUGUAUUAUUCCCAAA